AUGGCUAACAACGUAUUGGAUCCUUCUGCACUUGUUGGACUUCUUCUUAACUUACUACCACCGACAAACAAGACAUUAACGUCUCCCCAUGAUGGUUUGGCAGCGCUUGUUCACACAGCCUUUUCUGCACUCUCGUUUCGUUUAAUUGCAACGGAUGACACAUCUUCCGCAAAGGAACACCCUAACAAUGUUCUUCCUGAUGACUGGAACACAAAAGGACUGGUAGAUCGUACCUUUCGUUACAGGCAUGACCAAAGCGGUCUUGAGUUUGUUGUGAAGGUCAUCAAGCUCGGUCAGCGUACAUUGAUCAGCGCCAUUGCUGUCGAAAGUGACAAGUCUGCGUCUCUGGAUGUUGCAACAAACGACUUUGUCUCACCAUCGUUUUACCCCUAUGACGCAGCCAAGUCGGACACCCCGCCGCUGGUCCAUGGCUUCAUUUCGUCCAACCGUAUAACAGAUUUCAUAUCUCAGCUCAAACUCAAGAUAAUACAGAAACUCAUUCCGGGGCUGCGCAAAGAAGGAUAUAUCGAAGAAACUGAGGAUUCAUCCAGCAAUGCUGGAUCCGCUCCCCGCGCGGAGAUUCCCCCUCCUGCCCCUCCACGACCAGACUCGCCACCUUACCCAGAUGACCCAUACUUCUUACCCCCCGGUUUGCGACCUCGUAAUCCGCUGGAGAUCGGUCGUCAAGACCUUGAUCCUUUCGGUGGCAUCAACCCUUUCCAGCCUCCUUCACUAUUCCCCGGCAAUGGAGGAGACGGAAUGUUUGUUGGUCCGGGUCACCCUAUAUUUGGUAUGAGAGGUAACCGGGGACAGGAGAUGCGAGGACCAUGGGGUGGGGACGGCUAUCUCCCUCCGAUGGGAGCCCCACCGGGUGCUCGUUUUGAUCCGAUAGGACCAAAUCCUGGUCCCUUCAACCCAAGUUUCAAUGGGAGACCCCGGCGUGGACCUCCGGGAAGCGGGAAUGUAAGAGAUCCUGAUAAUGACGAGUUUAUGCCCCCUGGAGCCGUGAGUGUGCACUGCAGUAAAACAAUUGUAGAUGCUUACCUUGAAACAGGGAGAUAUGUUUAUGUGAGAACGAACGAUGUGAAAAGUUGUGAAUUUUGUAUAACUGAUGAAUUAUAA